UCGAGCACACACACACACACACACACACACACACACACGCUGAUCCGCGCGCUCGGAUCAUCUGGACCCGCUCGGUGUCGGAUUCCCUCUUUGAUAGUCCGUAAUGCGGGACGCACCGGCACCGGAGACCGCGCGAACGCACGCGCUCGCACACACCCCCGAUGGCGACCCGUGAGCGCGCCGGGACCCAGCAUGCCCAACCGAACCGAGCCCGUGCCGCGGGAGAUGCUGAGGCGCGCGCUCACCGGAUGCCUGCUGUCCGUCCUGAUCCUCUGGACUCUGUUCGGGAACAUCCUGGUGUGCACCGCCGUGCUGCGCUUCCGCCACCUGCGCACUAAAGUUACGAACAUCUUCAUCGUGUCGCUGGCCGUGUCGGACCUGUUCGUGGCCGUGCUGGUGAUGCCGUGGAAGGCGGUGGCGGAGGUGGCCGGGUUCUGGCCGUUCGGCGCCUUCUGCGACAUCUGGGUGGCUUUCGACAUCAUGUGCUCCACCGCGUCCAUCCUCAACCUGUGCGUCAUCAGCGUGGACCGCUACUGGGCGAUCAGCAGCCCGUUCCGCUACGAGCGCAAGAUGACCCCGCGCGUGGCCUCCGUGAUGAUCGGCGCGGCGUGGACUCUGUCCGUGCUCAUCUCGUUCAUCCCCGUGCAGCUGGACUGGCACAAAGCCGCGGAGUCCAACGCCACCGGGCCGGACGACGGCGACAACUGCGACUCGAGCCUGAACCGCGAGUACGCCAUCUCCUCGUCCCUCAUCAGCUUCUACAUUCCCGUGGCCAUCAUGAUCGUCACGUACACGCGGAUCUACCGGAUCGCGCAGAUCCAGAUCCGGAGGAUCGCCUCGCUGGAGCGCGCGGCCGAGCACGCGCAGAGCUGCCGGACGAACCGGCUCGCGUGCGCGCACCACAGCAGCCUGAAGACGAACUUCAACCGCGAGACCAAAGUUCUGAAGACGCUGUCCAUCAUCAUGGGCGUGUUCGUGUGCUGCUGGCUGCCGUUCUUCGUGCUCAACUGCGUGGUUCCGUUCUGCCACAACAAGCCGUCCGCGGGCCUCCCGUGCGUCAGCGACACCACCUUCGACGUGUUCGUGUGGUUCGGCUGGACCAACUCGUCGCUGAACCCCGUCAUCUACGCCUUCAACGCGGAGUUCCGCAAGGGCUUCUCCAGCCUGCUGGGCUGCCGGAACCGCUGCCGGACUCCGGUGGAGACGGUCAACAUCAGCAACGAGCUCGUGUCCUACAACCAGGACACGCUGUUCCACAAGGAGAUGGCGAGCGCGUACGUCAACAUCAUCCCGAACGUGGUGGACGACACGUUCGACCGGAUCUCGCAGCUUUCGCGCGACGACAACGAGGAGGAGGAGGACGACGUGUGCACGGACUCUGUGUGCGAUCUGGAGUGCGAGGCGGACGGUGCGGAGCGGCACGCGCCGUUCACGCCGAACGGCAUCCGCUGACCGUGAGCGCGCACCGCUGCUGGACUGUGUUCGCAUACUGUUUCUGAGCAGGUGUAUGUCGCGCGUACAGGUGUUGACACAUGACCGCGCUGCUGUGGAGCCGGUGAGUCGCGCGCAGUUAUCAUAUGAUGAUGGUGAUUAUUAUUAUUAUUAUUAUUAUUUAGUCAGUCAGCACGAUCAGAAAAGAGAAGUUAAAGCAGGACAUUUACUGCUGUUAGUGCCUGAAACCCUGUAACUCAUUAACUGGACAAGCAAAAUGACUGAAGAUAUGAACUCUUGUUUAUGAAAAUAUUGAAAAAUUAGAUCUUUGUUUUAACAUUAUGUUUCUGACUCUAUUUCUCAUUCAGAUUUUUGGUCUUGUUUUAAGCAAAGACUUAUUUAUUUAUUUAUUUAGUUUUUAAAAAUAAUUUUCAUAAAACAAGACUUAAUAUCUUCAGUCGUUUCUCUCCAGUAAAUGUUUCAUGAUUUAAGAAUCUUUAGAUAUUUGUACUGGAAAACAAGACAGAAAUCCAGAGUCUUUACAGAUAUUAGAUCUCACUUCCGGUUCACUCGUCACACAUGGAAGUUUCCUAAACAAAACAAAUGAAUUAUAUUGUGAACAAUCAACCCAAAUAACUUCAUCUGAAUUCAAAAUGAUGAAAAAUAAGCACACUGAGAAAGUUGAGACCUGCUUUCUGCUCACCGAUUCCAUAUAGAGAUACAGAUGUGAGACACUUUAUUUUAGUGUUAUUGUUACAUGUAUUUACUAUAGUAAUAACUAUAAAUUAUGCAUAAUUACAUGCAACUAAUCCUAAAGCAAACCCUAAUCCUCACCCUAUAGUAAGUACAUGUAGUUAUUAAUAUCACACCUUAAAAUAAAGUGUAACUGAUAUAUGAUAUGUUAUCAUUAGAGGUGUAACAAUGUAUGUGUCACAAUAUAUCACAAUAUGUAUCGUGUCUGGUUCACCUGACAGAUUUAAUGUGCCACCAAAUAUACUCAGCUUCCAUGUAUAUGAAUUAUUAUUAAUAAAUGAUGUAUGUAAAACUGUAAGUACACUUUAUUUUACAGGUCCACAUGUGUUCAUACUGUGUACUUAUUAUAGCAAUUAUAAUAACAGUGUAAUAAUGAGGUACUAACGCAUGAACUCGCCUCAUAUCACCAGAACUGUAUUGAGUACACUGUAAGUACACAUACUGUAAAAUAUCGUGUAACUAUAACGUGUGCAGUCAGAGGUGAAGCAUGUGUGUCUAACAGAAUUAUGAUUAUUUCUGUUCUGCUGCCAGCGACCAAAUCCAAGCUUACCAAAUUUGGCAUUUUAAUGAUCAGUACUGUUUAUCAUAUGAGUGAGAAGUAAUAAUUACAAAAAAAAUACCAUUUUAACUCUAUUUUGGCUUUACAGUAAUUUUAGAUCAGUGUUGUUUAUCAAACUGAAUCGUGACAUGAGUGUUCUGCUACACCUCAUGAUAUUAUCUAUAAAUCAGAUGUUUUGGCUUUUUCAGUUCGACUCUCCCCUUCCCAGCGAACAUGUUCAAGAACGUUCUGACAACGUUCCCAUUAAGUUACAAAAAUGCAAUUUCUGAACAUCCAAAACACCCAGUUUUAAAAACGUUUUUUCAUGGUUAUAUGAAUGUUAAUGUAUCAUCCUUCAAACAUUAUGGGAUUGUUACUUUUGAAUGUUCUCUGAACGUUCUGAAACAAGUAGAAACAUUUAAAAAUGGUUUAAAUAAAAGUUUCAGAAUGAUGUAUAGAUAAUAUUUUUGUGCUGAUGUUUUGAUAGCAUCAUUAAAGCCCGGAUAACAUUGAAUGAACGUUCUAUUAACGUUACUGGAAGAGCGUUUGUAUGUUGAGAGAACCUUGACAGAACGUUCCGAGAACGUUUCCUGUUAGCUGUGUUAUUAACUUUCAUAUCGUUUUCCACGUGUAAAUGCGACUUCACCGGAUUGAAACUCAUUUCAUUCCAAUAUUUGACAGUAUUUCCGAUUCCAGCUGCGAAUGAAAGGUCGAGUCAAACGCAUUGCAUUAUGGGAUACACCGUGUUGCACAUUUUGGCAAAUGCAGCAGGUCAUGUGGCGCACUGCACAGUGUACAUACGGCAGAAACAGUAUGAGAUCCGAACACAGCUUCCUCUGUCAUCAUCAUCAUCAUCAUCACGGUCCGCGACUCAAUCCUGCUGGAGAGAUUCUACAGAAGCGCGGCCUUAUUCCGUCCGUAACUGAACGGCCUUACACCGAGUGCAAUAUCCCAGAACUCUGACCGACUCCGACCGCCCCGACAUGCCAAACCACUCAAGUGCCCACCGGACCGACUGUACCCCCCCUUCACCGACCUGCGCAGGCGCGGGACUCCCGCCAGAAUCAACACAUGAGCUCAUAACUCUUUUAUAAAAGCAUUUAUUUAUUCCUUUCUAGAGGUCAUGUGAUGCUGCCGUUGUUUAUGAAUGAACUGAGAUUUGUUGUUCACUGCAGAAAAAUCAUGUUCCUCCUCAGUGUUUCUGUCUUGUGUUUCAGCACAAAUAUCUAAACAUUCUUAAAUACAUUUACUGGAGAAGAGAAAUGACUGAAGAUCUUAAAAAGUCUUAAAAUGAAGUGAGUUUAUGAUUAAAUCAAGAACAAAGAUCUGCCAAUGGAGUCAGAAAAAUCAUCUUGUUUCCCCUUCUUAGUUGAAACUCACUUCAUUUUGAUACUUUAAUCAGAAAUCAAGACUUACUGUUCCGUCCUUCUGCUUCUCCAGUAAAGGGAUGUUGAUGUAAGAACGUUUAGAUGUUUGUGCUGGAAACAGAAACGCUGAUGAAGGUGUGAGGCUGUCAUCAUGUCGUGUUUGAUCGUGAAUGUCUGAAGAUCUGUUACAGGACACGUUUGAUAUCGUGAUGCUUUAUGAUGUUUCAUUACUGUAAUGUUUAUUGUUUACAUAAGCGAAGCCUGUAGAUUCACUGUAAUGAACCGUUUGUUCAGCUAAAACCAUGAGCAGUGUGUGUGUGUGUGUGUGUGUGUGUGUGUGUGUGUGUGUGUGUGUGUGUGUGGGUGUUGUUUUUCUCACUCACACACAUGAAUUGAAUGUACACUAACAGUCAUGUGCACAGAUGUUUUUCAGUAAAAUGAGCAUUAAAAUGUCAUAUCUUGUACUUGUUGCAGGUGUUUCAGUAGGUCAGGUGUGUGUGUGUGUGUGUGUGUGUGUGUGUGUGUGUGUGUGUGUGUGUGUGUGUGUGUGUGUGUGUGUGUGUGUGUUCACUGAAACUGGAGAGCACUUUCUCUGUCUGGACGUUGUCUGUCCUGUGUUGAUCGAAGAGGCCAAAAAUGUAGGUGUAUUUCGGCUCUGACGCUCUUGAGAAUUCAUUAUGGUAGAAUUGAUUUCAUUAAACAACA